AUGGCGGGUCUGUCGGCGGCUGCCCCGCAGCCCGGAGUCCUGCUGCUCCUGCUGGCCGUCCUCCACCCCUCGCAGCCCGGAGGGGUCCCAGGGGCGGUUCCUGGUGGAGUUCCCGGAGGAGCCUUUUAUCCAGGGGCUGGUCUUGGAGCCCUGGGAGGAGGAGCACUGGGGCCUGGAGGCAAACCACUCAAGACAGGUGCUGGAGCCCUCGGGGCAUUUGGAGCAGGUCCUGGAGGGCUCGCAGGCGUUGUCCCUGGGGCAGGGCUCGGUGCCUUCCCUGCAGGAGCCUUCCCAGGUGCUGUGGUGCCUGGUGGAGUUGCCGGUGCCGCUGCAGCCUACAAAGCUGCCAAGGCCGGUGUUGGUGGCGUUGGUGUUGGUGGUGUCCGUGCAGUCGACGGCUUAGGAGUGCCUCCAGGUGUGGUGGUGCCUGGUGCGGGAGUUGGAGUUGGAGCUGGAGCAAAACCUGGAAAAGUGCCCGGUGUGGGGCUCCCAGGAGUAUAUCCAGGUGGAGUGCUCCCAGGCACAGGAGCUCGGUUCCCUGGUGUGGGGGUGCUCCCUGGGGUUCCCACUGGAGCAGGAGUCAAGCCCAAGGUCCCAGGUGGAGGUGGAGCUUUUGCCGGAAUCCCAGGGGUUGGACCCUUUGGGGGCCAGCAGCCUGGAGUCCCACUGGGGUACCCCAUCAAGGCACCCAAGCUGCCAGGCGGCUACGGACUGCCCUACAGCACCGGGAAACUGCCCUACGGCUUUGGGCCCGGAGGAGUGGCUGGUGCUGCGGGCAAGGCCGGCUACCCAACAGGGACAGGAGUUGGUCCCCAGGCUGCUGCAGCAGCAGCAGCAGCUAAAGCAGCGAAGUAUGGUGCUGGAGGAGUCCUCCCUGGUGUUGGAGGGGCUGGCAUUCCUGGUGCAAUUCCUGGCGCAGUUCCUGGUGCAAUUCCUGGUGCAGUUCCUGGUGCAAUUCCUGGGAUUGGAGGCAUUGCAGGGGCCGCGACUCCAGCUGCGGCUGCUGCUGCUGCUGCUGCUGCUGCUGCUGCGAAGGCAGCCAAGUAUGGCUCUGUGGCAGGCUUCCCAGGUGUGGGAGUCCCAGGAGUCGGAGUCCCAGGUGUGGGAGUCCCAGGAGUCGGAGUCCCAGGUGUGGGAGUCCCAGGAGUCGGAGUCCCAGGUGUGGGAGUCCCAGGAGUCGGAGUCCCAGGUGUGGGAGUCCCAGGAGUCGGAGUCCCAGGUGUGGGAGUCCCAGGGGCUGUAUCACCAGCUGCAGCUGCUAAAGCAGCCAAAUAUGGGGCCGGAGUUGGAGUCGGUGUUGGAGGCAUUCCCACUUUUGGGGCUGGUGUGGGGGGCCUUCCUGGCUUUGGUGUCGGAGCUGUCCCCGGAGCUGCUGCAGCCCAGGCAGCAGCUGCCGCCAAAGCUGCCAAGUAUGGUCCCGGAGGAGUCGGAGCCCUAGGAGGGCUGGUGCCAGGAGGCGCAGUGCCAGGCGUGCCGGGCAUUGGAGGGGUACCAGGAGUAGGGGCCCCAGCAGCUGCAGCCGCCAAAGCAGCCGCCAAAGCUGCCCAGUUUGGGUUGGCCCCCGGGGUUGGCGUGGCACCUGGAGUGGUUCCCGGGGUUGGUGUGGCACCUGGUGUGGUUCCUGGGGCCGGCGUGACACCUGGAGUGGUUCCUGGGGUCGGCGUGGCACCAGGCGUCGGCAUCGGUCCUGGUGGUGUUGCAGGGAUAGGGGUCCCAGCUGCAGCCAAAACUGCUGCUAAGGCGGCUGCCAAAGCCCAGUUCCGGGCUGCGGCUGGGCUUGGUGCUGGCGUUCCCGGAUUUAGAGUCGGACUCGGCGUUCCCGGACUUGGAGUUGGCACUGGUGUUCCUGGCUUAGGGGUUGGUGCAGGGCUCCCUGGAGGAGGUAUACCAGGACCCCUGGCCGCAGCUAAAGCAGCCAAAUAUGGAGCAGGAGGGCUUGGGGCCCUUGGAGGGGUCGGGCCUCUUGGUGGAGUAGGUAUCCCCGGCGGUGUGGCAGGAGUUGGACCUGCUGCCGCAGCUGCUGCUGCCAAAGCGGCUGCCAAAUUGGUACCCAAGCACCUUAAGCCUCAAAGCUGGAUUCGGUCACACUGCCCCUUAUCUCCUUGGCCCAUUUGGCCCCACUCUCCCCAACCAAUUGCUGUUCCCCAUGUCUGGGGUGCCUUCAGUCAGAAGACCCCCCCCACACACACACACUGGGAAUAGCCCCCUUGCUCUUGUGGAAUCCACCUGCCCAUCUGUCCAUCCAUCCGUCCACCAUCCUUGUCCCCAGUUGACCGCCCGGCACCACUAGCUGGCUGGGCACACCUACCACCAACCUGUUUAACCUGUCAUGGCAGCCUGUGCCCUGCCUCCACCCCCACCACACACACCCCUAUGCUAGCCCAGGGUGUGACGGGCUGUGAGGGCCGGGGCAGCAGGAAUCUUCUCCCCCACCUGGGUCUCCCCACAUGCAGUACUGUAUCCCCGGUCCCACCUCGAGCCACUGUACUUUGGAGCAUUUCCCACCCUCCCCGCCCAUCUCUUUGUGUCUCGCUGUGAUAGAUCAAUAAAUAUUUUAUUUUUUGUCCUGGAUAUUUGGGGAUUAUUUUUGAUUGUUGAUGUUCCCUUUUGGUUUUAUUUUUGUGGUUAAUUGGAAAAAAAAUUUUUUUUUCUGAUCUGGGAAGCUGUAUCCCCAGUAGAAAAUCAUUUUUAUCACUUUGGUAUAACUCUGGAUGAAACACACAAUUUUUUUUUUUAAAAUAAGAGAAGAGAAUUAACUGCUUCAGAAAAGACUAAUAAAUGAAAACCUUUUAAAGGAAA